GGAUCGACGUUGUUUUGCUCUAUCGCGGUGAAGAGGAUGAUAUAGAGAUGGUUGAAGCAAGUCUGUGUUUUGUCAAACUUGGUGCUGGCUGCUCGAUCUAGAACGGUGUGUCGGACUUUAGCUUUUGCCAACAGCUUCAGAGACAUUCCAUGUCAUCUUCUAACAGCUAAGCUGCUGGAUUCAAUGCGCCAGAGCACAGAAAGGCUAAUAUCACUGCGGACGAGGGUCGACAGCAUAUCGACCUCUUGCAUGUUGUACACAGCCACCGCCUUUUAUCCCUGGUGGCUGUGUGCUUUGUACUUUGUACAAGACAUGUGUUAUGCCCGGUGCAGCACUCGUUUAUUCCCGUACGUUCGGUGCAUCGAUCGUAGCUUCCGCUAUUCUGACUCGAAGACUACACCUUCCUAUUUGGCUCAAUGCAUGCUUCUCGAUCUCUGCUUUAUCCACCAAGACAUCACUCAUCGCAGUUUUGCAACAGUCGCAUCGAGAAAUACGCUGAGCAAAGCUAAGCGUUUAUCAGGCUUCAGCGAAAACUCUUUCCUCCACAAACCCAAAAGCCGCGCAGAAUUUCCACUUUCCACUCAAUCACCAGCCAAGAACUGCCAACAAGACGUACAAUGGCUGGCUGGCAAAAGGGAUGUGAGGUAAAAGCGCAAGCAAAACGUUAAUGCCGCUUCUGUGGAUCGAACACAGUGCCUCCAGAAUUCACUCGCACGAAAUGCAAGGGGGGACAGAA